AUGGCACAACCAAGGCGACCAAGAAGGAUAAAUACUCAGGAGGCUUUAGCCAUGCUUCAGAGCAUGUCAGACUACAAAUCUGAUGGUGGAUCUGUUGGAGACUUAGCAUUUCAGAAUGAAAACAGCACAACCGAUUCUUCAAGUGAAGAGGAUGAUUCUGAUGAGAAUGCGACUGCUUUUGCACCAGCAAAUACUCCCCUCCAAAGACGCACCAGGGGCCAAGUGGUCAAUUAUAUGAUUGAGCGGGACAGUUCCAACAUUGAGGCUACAUCAGAUGAAGAGGAAGACACAGUGCGCGGCAACCCCCCUCCUUGCAAAAAACAAAAAACUGCUGAUGUUGGCACAAUGCCUGGAUCCACAGAGAAGGCGAAAGAUGGCACUGUUUGGUCCCACUGGAAAGUUGGAGACUUUUCUGUUCCUGAAACCCCACAGACUGCCUUCAAUGGAUCUGGAGGGCCAACAGAUUCUGCGAAACGCAACAUCACAAGUCCCCUUCGCAGCUUCCUGUGUUUGUUGGAUCUGAACAUGUUGCUGACCAUCAGAGACUGCACAGUCCACGAGGCCCACAGAACAAACCCCAGCUGGCAGAUGAGUGUCUACGAGCUGAUGGCUUUCCUCGCAAUCCUUUUUCGAAGGGCUGCCAUGGGUUACAUUGGUCCCAUGUGA